GUGGCAAAGAACUGAGACUUGGAAGGUGCCACGCGGCGUAGGCAGGCGCGUGUGGGAACCCGAAGGGACUGGACAGUCCCCCAUAGCCCCACUUUCCUUCCCCAGCCGUCCUUCUGCCAUGAGCGGUCUAGUGCAGACCGAGCCGCUGCUCGGGGAGCCGCCUCUGCUGGUGCGCGGCGACCCCUACUCGGUGGUGGUCCUUCUGCAGGGCUAUGCGGAGCCCGAGGGGGUGGGCGACGCGGUGCGCGCCGACGGCUCCGUGACGUUGGUGCUGCCUCAGGCCUGGGGCCCGGCUUCCAGCCACCGAGAGUCCCCGCCCGAGGGCGGCGGGGCGAAGACCGCCCUGGAGGAGGCGGCCCGUGGUCCCAUCCUCGUAGACACCGGGGGCCCUUGGGCCCGGGACACACUCCUGGGGGCCCUGGCGCGGCAGGGCGUGGCCCCCGGAGACGUGACUCUGGUGGUGGGCACCCAUGGACACUCGGAUCACAUCGGGAACUUGGGGCUGUUUCCCGGGGCGGCUCUGCUGGUCUCUCACGACUUCUGCCUCCCCGGGGGCCGCUACUUCCCCCACGGGCUAGGUGAGGAGCGGCCCCUGCGGCUGGGGCCGGGGCUCGAGGUGUGGGCCACGCCGGGCCAUGGGGGCCAGCGGGACGUGAGCGUAGUGGUGGCGGGCACGGUCUUGGGCACCGUGGUGGUGGCGGGCGAUGUGUUUGAACGCAGUGGAGACGAAGACUCGUGGCAAGCGCUGAGCGAAGACCCGAUGGCCCAGGAGCGGAGCCGGAAGAGGGUCCUAGGCACAGCGGACGUGGUUGUGCCUGGUCACGGAGCCCCCUUUAGGGUGGUCAGGGAAGCCCCUCAACCACCGAACUGACGUCCAGGAGAACAGAGGACCCAGUCGGCUGAGUCGGAGGAAUCAGGGGUGAUGGCUUCCAGCUGUCGCAAGAAGCUGGUUUUCCAGCAAGGACAGUCACCGAUAUCACUGCAACCAAACUAGGACCAAGCACUGACUCAGCCGUGUGCCACCUCUUUGGGCCUCCGUAAAAUGGGAGAGUGUUCUUGGGAAAGUCGUCCAAAAUAAAAAUAGAAAACUGUAUGGAAAAUCGUACGGCCCUCAUGUAAAUGCGAAUCAUUAAUAAUGACAAUCCUGAAAUUUGGUAGUUAGCAGCUGCAGCAGGGGGACACUUUGGCCAAUUGCUUAUUUCUCAUAAGAUAGAGAUUUGCUGUGAAGGUGCAGGGCAUAUAAGUAACACCUUAGUCAUGUGAUUAUCAUCCAUCUGUUCAAGGAAUAUUUAACAACCUGCAAUGUUUCAAACACUGCCCUAGGUCAUGGGGAUGCAACAGUGAGCAAGCUAGACAAACUCCCUGUCCCUUAUGGAGAUUACAUUCUAGAGACAAAGACAAGUAAACAACAAUAAUAGUAAACCAAAUAAUUACAGAUUGUGAAUAGUGACAUGAAAGAAAAGGAGGGCAAAGGGGAUGGAGUGCCAAGAUGGGAAAAUGACCUCUUUUAUUUAAGGUCGUCAGGAAGAGCCUCUGAGGAGAUGAUGUUUGAUCAGGGAACCAAAUGAGAAGAGAGCCAACCAUAUGAGGAUCUGGCAGUUGUGCAUUCCAGGCACAGGAACAGCAGGUAUAAAGGUCCUGAGGCAGGACAGCUUGACCUGCUUGAGUAGCAAGACUAUGGGGUUAGAAUGUAGAGUGCCAAGGAAGAGUGGCAACAAAUGAGGACAAAGAAUUAGGCCAGGCCAUCAUGGACCAUGGUUAAGGGUUUGGAUUUAUACUGAGAGAGAAGCCUUUGGCUUUUGAGCAGGCUAAUGACUUGGCCUCAUUUAUGUUUUAAAGUAACUACUCUUGUUCUACUAGUUCUGAAGUUCUACUCUGAGUGGAGAAGUGGUCAGAGUAGGGCAAGAAUAGAAUCAGCUGGACUGGUUAGGAAACUACUGUAGUCUUUCAGGCAAGAGAAGUUAGUGGCACCUGCUCUCCCAGAAAUGCUGUUCUGGCUGUGGCCCUCUUUACAGCUGUGCCCCAGGCCCUCCAUCCACACAGUGUCAGAACCCACAGAAACACUCGGGGUGGGGCAGAUGAAGGAGAGGAGCAAGUCUACCUUGUUGCGGAUGAUGAGACACCCUGGGUGGAUGCUGUGGCCGCAGGGCCAGACUGAGGGUUAUUUUCCAGGCAUCCACAAAGGCCAGGUGGAGGUCACCAAAGGCAGCUCAGAGGAGCUGGUUAACCUAGAGGGUGAACCAGUACAUACACAGACUCGUAGUUGGUGUUGACCAGUUUGAUGACCACAAGAGUGCACAGUUCCCAGGCCAACGGUGCAGCCACAGCCGCCCAGAUCCCUGCCAGUCAUCAGAUAAAGAUAAAUGAAGUGAAGGUGGCGAUGUGGGCACCCAGCCUCAGAACUAUCAUGGUGUGGGGGCCCCUGGCCAGGUUCCCCACCUUCUGGGCCACAGAGUGCGGGGAGGCCACUGGUGUGCGGAGGGAGAGUAGGGGCCAGCUGUGUGCUCACCAAUGCAGCACUGUGCCCUGAGUGAUCUCCAUGGCCCCAUCUGAUAUGUGGAGUGUAGAUCCAAUAGCUUCAGGGCUAUGAGGGGGAUGAAAAGGAGGGGAUGGGGGUUAUAGAGAACUAUGCACUUUCAACUUGCACAAAUAAAAAUUCCAAUCCCGACUUACUUUCCAUAACAUGGUACUCUUGCCCAUGAUUCUGGUCUGGUCAUCUAGAGCCAACACAUCUCUUUGGCCACACUGACUGUCUCCACAAUGGACGGUCACCUAAGCUAGUCCAGGCUUGGUCAUCUUAGGGGUUUUGCUGGAGCUAGUGGAAAAGAAAAGUCGAGUUCUUUCCUGAAAGACUGACAUGGGAGAUGUAUGGAAGUGUUGAAUCACUAUACUUACAUACAUCACUAUACGAAGUGAUGCUACACUGAAGCUAAUGCUACACUGUAUGUUCACUAACUGGAAUUUAAACAAAAACUUAAAAAAACAAAACAAAACAAAACAAAAACACCACACUGACCUGAGAGGAUAGGUCAUUCGCCACCCUGUGGGAAGAGCCCAUGGCGCUGGGGCCAAGUGGAGGCUGAGAAUGAAGCUGAACUAUAGGGGGCAGAAAUGAGCAGUUAUGAGAAAUAGACCCCGGGGAGAAAUCUGAGUGCUGAAUUCAAGCCAGAUCCGCUGCUGAACUCUUGAGUCACCAGGGCUAAUCAACCCCUUUGCUGCCUGAAAGGCUUUGACCGUGUUUUCAGUCACAACAAGAGGAGUCCUGAGUGGAUACAAACACAGGUGGAAAUGACCCAUUAGAGAGGCCUCGAAAAUGGUGGGAAAGCAGCAUUCGAGGUGGGGCCCAGAGUGACUGUACUCUUAGAAGUUUCUUUUAGCUUCCUUCUUGUGUAAAUUCUUAGGAAAACUUGACCCAUAUGAUUAGAUACUUGUACUUGCAAAUAUUCAGUGGCUCCACAUCGCAAACUUUCUCGUCCAGUCAUCUCUGAGACAAACUUUCCCUGCUCCAGUUUGGCAGGACUGCCUGCUUCCUUCCAGACUCCUCUUCUCCUUCUGUCCUGCAGGCCUUUGAUCCUGCUCUAUUCCUGCUGGCCUCCCUCUGUUCUGUACCAUCCAUCGAUCCAGGCUCAACUCAGCUCAUCUACAGAAAAACCUCCCCUGAUUUUUCCAGCUCGUCUUUAAACUCUUGCAGUGCAUUCUCUGUAUUAUUCACUUAACAUUAGAUAUACCCAGUGUCGAUAAUUUUUUCUGGAAAUGUCCUCUCCUCAUUGUGCCCUUUGAGAGCAGAAACUAAGGAAAAAACAAAAAAACAAAAAAACUUCUCUGAAUGCUCCAGAGCUUGUGUUAUGUCUACAAAUGCCAUGUAAUAGACACAUGCUAUUUUUCUCAGCUCUGACUCCUUGCCCAGGACUUCAGGGUCUGUCUCUGCCCAUUCUCUGGAGAAGUUCCAGUAUCCUGUGCACUCUGCGAACAAAGGGGUGCCACUCAGAGCCCUCCUGUUCACCUCUUCCUAUAUGAAGCUCCAGGUGUCUUGCCAGAGGGCUUUGGGGCUGGGAUCCCAGGGUGGUAUGGGAGUUGAUGGAUCAAAGCUGUAGGAGGGAGAAAAACGUAACAAGCUAAAUAACGGGAAGCUCCCCAAAGCAAGGCUGCAGGAACCAGCCUGUCUGAGGACAAAUAAGCCAGGAUGCAGCCAAAGGGCCUGCCCCCACCAGCCCAUCUUGGGGCCUGUCCCAUGGUGGGGAAAGAAGGCUCAAAGUGUCCUCAGGAGACUGGAAGCAUCCUCCAUGACAAUGAAGCCUCCAGUGACCUGGACCUGGAGCAACUCCUGGAAGAUGUUGGAGAAGAGCCGGAGCAGCUGGAGGAGCCACAGUGUGGAGAUGACCCUGGGGAGUUCACCACGACCUUCUUUGAGGAAUAGCUGUGUGCUCCUGCCUCACCCGCUUCCACAGGAGCAGCAGAGAGAGCCCCUCAGAGGGUCCCUGAGAAGCUACUAAGUGUGGGGUUUGUUCCUCGGCUACAGGUCAAUUGGCUAAAGUCACGGCUCUGCAGUUUAUGUGUUAAUAAAACAGGUUACUGGCUUAA